UGAGUGCCUGUUAGUGUGGCAAAAGUUAACAAUAUCAACAACAACAACAACAACAUCGACCGACAACUAUUCAAAAUGACUGUGUGGAGCGAUUGCAAUGCUAAGCAGUCAUUUGGCAUUGCCAAAUGCAACUUUGAUCAGGAUACGAAGCCACAUCGCCUGAACCUGGAUGUGGGCGAUGCUGUCAUAAUUCUCAAGGAGACCACACACUGGUUUUACGGCUACAAACAGAAGGAGAAGCAAACACGCGGCAUCUUCCCCAAGAGCUAUGUGCAUCUGUGCGAGUACAUCAUUGUCAAUGGCGAGUAUUGCAUACAGCGCACCGAUAUUGUCGAGGAGAUCACCAAAGUGCUGCUGGAGUGGGGUGGCAUAGCCAAGAGUUACUUUUUGAGCACAAAUCCCGACUUUCAGAAGAUACGACGUAAAAUGAAUGAGCUGAAUAACAACAGAGCUGCCCUGAUCUCCGGCAAUCUGCCGCUGGACGAGAUGCGCAAGGUGAAGCUGCAGGCGACGGCGCAGAUUGACACCGGCAACAAGCUGCUGGGUCUGGACAUGGUCGUGCGCGACGAGAGCGGCGACAUACUGGACACGAAUGCCAUCUGCACCACGGAGCUGUACGAGAACCACGUGCAUGCGGUGCAGCGCAUAGAAAAGGCAAAUCGUUUGUCCAGCGAGCGCGAGACGACGCGCGGCCUCAACAAAUACUCGCACAACAUACUGCUGCACGUGAAUGCGUUCGUGUGCAAGUUUCAGGAGGACUCCGAUCUGCUGUUCACGCUCUUCAACGGCGACACACACAAGCCCAUCAGCGAGAACUAUGUGGUGAAGUGGUCGCGCACCGGCAUUGCCCGGGACAUCGAUCAGUUCGACAAUAAUCGCGUGCUGUUCACCGAUCUCAGCCGCAACGAUCUGAGCAUCUCGAAAAUGUAUCUGGUGUGCUAUGCCAUACGCAUCGGUUCCAUGGAGAUGAAGGACUCAACCGACUCGAAGCGCACCAGCAUGAACAUUGCCAACAGCGUCCUCACAGCGGCCAGCCGCAAGCAUUCGCAGCUGUCGGUCAACUCGAACGGCUCUUCGGGCAGCGCCAGUGAGUACAUGAUGCGUCGGCCGUUUGGUGUUGCCUGCAAGGAUUUAACGCCCAUCAUCAGUAAGCCCGAAGACUUUCGGGGCAAUCUCGACCUGCCGUUCAUCAUGUGCGAAAAGGACACGCUGGAUGGCACGCUACGCAAGCUGAUCGAAAAGGACGUUGGCAAAAUCGAAUCCAAAAUGGCCGUUACCUUCGAGGUGCUGCGCGGCGACAUCAAGCAGAUCAAGGAGGACUUUCCGCGCCUUGUGCACACCAAUGUGCCGGUCGCACGUAAAAUGGGCUUCCCGGAAGUCAUACUGCCGGGUGACGUGCGCAACGAUCUCUAUUUGACCGUUUGCAGCGGUGAAUUUGCGCGCAUCGCUAAAACAUCGGAGAAGAACGUGGAGGUGACCAUAUGCGUGGCCAACGAGCAGGGCCAUCUGGUGCCUGGCGUAAUGAGCAUUGGCGCCGGGCAUCCGCCCAUCGAUGAGUACAAGUCGGUGGUGUACUACCACGACGACAAGCCUAAGUGGCAGGAGACUUUCAAGAUACACGUGCCCAUUGAAGAGUUCAAGCAAUGCCAUCUGCGCUUUACGCUCAAGCACCGCAGCAGCAACGAGCAAAAGGAUCGCUCCGAGAAACCUUUCGGCCUGUCGUAUGUGAGACUUAUGCAGGCAAAUGGCACCACCAUACCACAGGGUCAGCAUAUCCUAGCUGUCUACAAGAUCGAUCACAAGAAGUACGACAAAACGCUGGCCAAUAGCUACAUGGAGCUGCCAGCGACCACAGCUGAGCUGCUGGGCACCAAGCCAUCCAUAAGUGGUCUAAGUCUCUUGCCCAAGGAUCAGCUGACCAUCGAUGUCAAUCUUUGCAGCACAAAGCUAACGCAGAGCGUAAGCCUGUUGGGCUUGUUGCAUUGGUCAGCGCACAAGGAGACGUUGGAGCAAUCGUUAAAUGCGUUAUCCACAGUACCCGGCGAGGAAGUAGUCAAGUUUCUGCAGGACAUAUUAGAUGCGUUGUUCAACAUACUCGUGGAGAACGAUAAUCCCGACAAGUACGAUCAAUUGGUCUUCAUGAGUAUCAUUCAUCUGAUUGAGACGGUCUCGGAUCUGAAGUAUCAACACUUUUUGUCCGUACUCGAUGUGUACAUCAACGAGAGUUUCUCCGCCACGUUGGCCUACACAAAACUAAUGGACGUGCUACAGCGCAACAUAAGCGAUGCGAUCACGCCGAGCGAGAAGUCUGCCGAUGGCAUUGAGCACGAGGAGAGCGCCGCAGUGCGUCGCCUCUACAAGACGACACGCUAUCUGCACUAUGUGAUGAAGUUUGUCAUCAGAUCGCGCGUGCUAUACGCGGCGAUGAACUGCAAUAAUGACUAUGUGGACUUUGCCGCGCGUCUGCAGGAGCUGCUCAAAAUGUUCAUCGAUAUGAUCGGUUGCCCCAGCAAUCUGCUGAAGUCGGAGGGCGCACUGCUAAAGAAUCUGCACAUCAUAGCCACCGAUUUGAUGGAGGUUUUCGAUCAGGUGCAUCUCAGCAUUUCCAUUGUGGAGAUUUUGGAAAAGUUUCCGCCACGUCGUCUUACCCAGUCGAAAAUGGGCUGCAUCAAGGACUUUGUGGAAACGAAGCUGUUCAGCUCGCCAAAAUGCCGCGCCAUACUGUUGCCCGUGUUCUGCAAGCACAUCAAGGAUCAUCUCGAGAGCAAGGAGGAGGGUGACUCGAAAACCGAUAUCUGGCAGCAAGAAAAGAAUCUUUCGAAAGCCGCUAAAGUGCUCGGACAGAAAAAAUCCCACCUGCACACACGAGAAACGACUGCCAAUAAAAAGAUCGCGGAGUGCAUCAACAUAAUGAACAACAUCCUGAAGCUGCUCUAUCGCCCGGACGUGGGACCCACGCAUAAUGAUGUGCGCGACGUUAUGAUCAUAUUGCUGCGCCCGGUCAUGAAGGCGGCGCAUUCACUGGAUCGGGAUACGGGCGUGGUUGGCCAAUUCUUUGCCAUAAUGCUGGGCAUAUUGCAGCGGAUGGAUGCCCAGCAUUACAAGUAUUUCGUCAACGAUCUGCACCAGCACGGCGAGCUGAAGGACUUUGUCAUCGAGAUUCUGCUCGUCUUCGAGGAGCUGGUGUCGCCGCAUCAGAAGGCGGUCUUUCCGCGCGACUGGAUGGACAUGAUCAUGCACCAGAACACGGUUAUACUCGGCGCUCUGCAGCAGCUCAGCAUGGUCAUCACGGACUAUUUCCUGUGCCCGGUGUUCGACAAACAGAUCUGGUCGAAUUUCUUCCAAUGCUCGAUUGCGUUCCUGGUGCAGUCGCCGCUGCAGCUGAACGACUUUAAUGACAAUAAACGGCAGAUAGUCUUUGCCCGGUAUCGGGAUAUACGCAAGGAUACGGCCAAGGAGAUACGCAAGAUGUGGUUCCAGCUGGGCAAGCACAAGCCCAAGUUUGUGCCACAGCUGGUGGAGCCCAUACUGGAGAUGAGCAUGAUACCCGAAACGGAGCUGCGCCGCGAGACAAUACCCAUUUUCUUUGACAUGAUGCAGUGCGAAUACUACAGCUCGCGUCUGGAGGUGGAGAGCUACGGCGACACCAAGCACAACAAUUCUCACCACAAGGGCAACUUUUCCGAGUUCAAGACGGCCAUGAUCGAGAAGCUGGACAUACUGAUUGGCGCCGGCAAGGGCGAUGCCGAGUACAAGGAGCUGUUCAAGAAGAUCAUGCUAGAGUACUGUGCCGCGCACAACACGCUCAACGUGGAUGGCACCAGUUUUGUGAAUAUGGUGACACGGCUGAUGGACAAACUGCUCGAGUAUCGUUUCAUUAUACAGGACGAGAGCAAGGAGAAUCGCAUGGCUUGCACAUUCUCGCUGCUGCAGUUCUACUCGGAGGUGGAUCUCAAGGAGAUGUACAUACGCUACGUUUAUAAGCUGUGCGCCCUGCACAUGGAGUUCGAGAACUAUACGGAGGCGGCGUUCACCCUCAAGCUGCACACGGAACUGCUGCGCUGGAACGAUACGGAAUUGUCGCCCCAGCUGCGCAGUUAUCGCCAUGGCAGCUGUCGCACCCAUCGCGAGCUAAAGGAAGCCCUCUACUUUGAGAUAAUGGACUACUUUGACAAGGGCAAGCAGUGGGAGUGCGCGAUUGAUAUGUGCAAGGUGCUCGCCCAGCAAUACGAGGAGGAAAUCUAUGAUUACAUCAAGCUGGCGGAGUUGCUAAAGCGCAUGGCCCAGUUCUUUGAAAAGAUACUCAAGGAGCUGCGCCACACGUCCGAGUACUUUCGCGUCUGCUUCUAUGGACGCGGCUUUCCACGACUGCUGCAGAACAGAGUCUAUAUCUUUCGGGGCAAGGAGUAUGAGCGCCACAGCGACUUCUGCUCCCGGAUGCUUGUGCAGCAUCCACAGGCAGAGCUUAUGCAAACGCUGGAGGCGCCUGGCGAGGAUAUAACAAACAGCGAUGGACAGUUCAUACAGGUUAACAAGGUGGAGCCCAUUAUGGACGCUGCCUUCGCCAAGUUCAAUGAGAAGAUCAUCUCCAAUGAGAUUGUCAAGUAUUUCACCUCCAAUAAUGUGCACAAGUUUCAAUUCUCGCGCCCCUUCCGCGACAGCACCGGCGGCGGCACCAUGGACGAUGUGCGUAACCUUUGGCUGGAGCGCACAGAGCUCGUUACGCAAUUCCCACUGCCCGGCAUAUUGCGCUGGUUUCCCGUUGUCGAUUCGCAUACGUUCAAAAUUUCACCACUGGAGCGUGCCGUGGAGAUCAUGAAAGACACCAACAAGGAUAUCCGACAAUUGGUCAUACUGCAUCAGAGCGACGAGAGUCUGCACAUAAAUCCGCUCAGCAUGAAACUCAAUGGCAUUGUGGAUCCCGCCGUUAUGGGCGGCUUUGCCAAAUAUGAGGAGGCAUUCCUAACCGACGAGUAUUUGGAGCAGCAUCCCGAUGACAAGGAGCUUGUCGAGGAGCUUAAGGAAUUGAUUGCCCUGCAAAUCCCACUACUGCAAUGUGCCAUUCGACUGCAUCGCCAGAAGGCGCCGGAUAGCCUAAAGGCGCUGCAGGAUCACUUGGAGGGCUGCUUUGCGGACAUGCAGCAGCACGUGGAAUCGCGCUAUGGACGCAAAUCGUGCGAUUUGAAAAUCGAACGGGAUUCGGUGAUCAUGCGACGCACCAACUCUUUCCUGCCCGCGAUCUUUGAUGCCAGCAACAAUCGCUUGUCCGAGACCAGCAUGGGCUCCUCUGACAGCGGAUUAUCGAAGUCAACCUUUCUGCCGCGACCGCCAACAAGUUCCAUCAAGUCCACGCUGGCCAGCUUGAGCUUCAACACUAGACCUAGCCUUGGCCACUCACCCAGCACCAAAGGCAACAAGCACAAGGACAAGACGCCCGCCAAACGGCGCUCCAUGAAGAAGGAUCGCGAAACAUUGAGCUUGCCGGUGGCCAAUUGUCAGUGGUAUACGCCGCCGCUGACCACCAUAACGUCCACGCCCGAAAAGGAGAUCAACACCUCUGUCAAUUCGUUGGCCAGUGCUUCGAACAGUUCUCUAAGUGGACCCAAAACGCCCGAUCCGCGCGUAUUAACAGAAGAGCUGACACCCAAACGGCCGCUGCGCUCCGAAAAGGAAAAAGAACGUCGCCUCUCGCGGCCAGCCAGCAUUGCCACGCCCACGGCUAGCAUUAAGAACUUUGCGGACACACGCUCCCUCUCCGAGAGCAGUAAUCGCAACUCAGUUGAAACGACCGAUUCCACGUCGGAGGAGGACAUACGACCACCGCCUUUGCCCGCCAAGACGCGCGACUCCACCGAUUUUAGCAGUUUGACGCACAGUCUCGACUGGAAUCCAAAUGGUUAUACAAUGUUAAAUGUGCUGACCAGCAACAGCACCACCAGCGGCAGCAUUAGCACUACAACCAUGACAAAGACCAGUAUUACAAACACAACGUACGAGUAUUUGGAGGCCACAAAUUUCAGCAUGCCGGGCAUACAAGAUGCCAGCAAGCCGCGCCCUCCGACUCCGCCGCCAAAGCCAUCGCGGCACAGUAAACACAUUCCAUGAACGAACAG